AUGGAUCCCGAGGCGACGGGGGAUGAGCUGUCCCGCCUGCGGGCCCUCUUCCUGGCCUGUGACGCCAGCGGCUCGGGCCGCAUCGAACGGGAAGACUUCGCGGCGCUGUGCGCCGAGCUGCGGGUGCGGCCGGCCGAGGCUGAGGCCAUCUUCCAGCGCCUCGACAGUGACCGCGACGGGGCCAUCACCUUCCCGGAGUUCGCUCGCGGCUUCCGCGGCGCCGCCCGCUGGAGGCCUGGCGACGGCGAGCCGGAGGGCGAGGAGGAGGUGGCGUGCGCCGCCGUGGGGCUGGAGCAGCCCUGGAGGGACUUCGAGGUGCGGCUCGGGGACGAGGCGAGGUACAUCCCCAGACAAGAGCAGGUCAGUGUUCUGUAUCAGAACAUACACAUAGUGGAACCAAGAUUAAUACAGCCUUACGAACACGUCAUUAAGAACUUCAUCCGAGAGAUCAAACUUCAAAGCACAGAGAUGGAAACUUUGGCCAUCGCAGUAAAAAGAGCUCAGGAUAAAGCGGCAGUUCAGCUCAGUGAGCUGGAGGAAGAGAUGGAACAACGGAUACAGGCUGCAGAGCAUAAAGUCAAAAAGGAAGAGAAGCAAAAAGCUGAAGAAGCACUAAACGAGCUGAAGCGCCAGUAUGAUACUGAAGUUGGGGAUCUUCAGGUGACAAUAAAAAAACUUAAAAUGCUGGAGGAGCAGUCCAAGAACGUAAAUCACAGGCAAGAUGUGGUUGAAUUGAAAAAAAGAAUACAUGAUAUGUUGCUGGAAAAUCAGAAACUUAAGAAAGAUCUUAUAGAAGCACAGACAAAUAUAGCUUUCCUACAGAGUGAAUUAGAUAGCUUGAAAAGCGAGUAUGCUGAUCAGACUUUGAACACUGAGAGAGACCUAGAAAUUAUCCGAGAGUAUACUGAAGACAGAGAUAAUUUGGAAAGACAAAUUGAAAUACUUCAAUCAGCUAAUAGAAAGCUACAUGACAGCAACGAUGGCUUAAGAAAUGCACUUCAAAACAGUUUCAGCAAGUACAACAGAUCAUUGAGAUUAGCAAACACCUCACCAGGGAGUACCAUUUCUAGAAGCAGUCCUAAAUUUAAUGGUGGACAGUCUCCUCUAAACCCACGGUAUGACAGGUCAUCUCAUUCUUCUUGUGUGGAUGAAGAUUAUGAUUCUUUAGCCCUUUGUGAUCCUAUGCAAAGGAUUAAUUGUGAAGUUGACAGCUUGCCUGAGAGCUGUUUUGACAGUGGUUUAUCUACCUUGAGAGAUUCAAAUGAGUAUGAUUCAGAAGUGGAAUACAGGCACCAAAGGAUUUUUCCACGGUCACAGUGUAUGCAAGAAAGCGUUGGUGGUGAUGCUUCUGAUACAGACGUUCCAGAGAUCAGGGAUGAAGAAGCAUACAGUCCUGAUAACAGCAAUGUGGUAUUAGACUGGAAGUCUUCACGACCAGUAAGUCGAAGCAGCUCAAUUGCUUCAACAAGGAGAUACAUAUCUGCUCUCACCCCUCAGUCAGAUGCAACUGAAUGUACUCCGAAAUACCCCAGUUCAGAGAAGGCUUACAAGAUUGUUCUUGCUGGAGAUGCAGCAGUGGGAAAAUCCAGUUUCCUUACGAGACUUUGCAAGAAUGAAUUUCGAGGCAAUACCAGUGCAACCCUGGGUGUGGAUUUUCAAAUGAAAAGACUAAUUGUUGAUGGAGAACCUACAGUACUACAACUGUGGGACACAGCUGGGCAGGAGAGAUUUCGAAGUAUUGCGAAGUCAUACUUCAGAAGAGCAGAUGGUGUCUUACUGCUAUAUGAUGUAACUUGUGAAAAAAGCUUUCUUAAUGUGCGAGAAUGGGUGGAUAUGAUUGAGGAUGCAACUCAUGAGAAUAUUCCAAUUAUGAUGGUGGGUAACAAAGCGGAUCUCCGUCAAACUGUUACAGAACAAGGACAAAAAUGUGUUUCUGUAAAUUAUGGAGAAAAGCUGGCUAUGACUUAUAAUGCACUAUUCUGUGAAACAAGUGCAAAAGAUGGAUCUAAUGUUGUAGAAGCAGUUCUUCAUCUUGCUCGGGAAGUGCGAAAACGAAGUGAUAAUCAAGAUGAUACGAGGUCAGUAACCAGCCUGGCUGGAACACCUGUCAAAAAAUCGGCACUCACGAAAAACUGUUGCAAUGUUUAACUGAUAGAUACUUUUCCUGACCUAAAUAACUUGUAUGUUAAAAAAAAAAGUUAAUGAAGGAUUUCAAUAAUGUAUUCUUUCUAUUGUGGACUAUACAUUUGUGUAUUUAGAAAUUGCACGUCAUGUUAAAAAUCCAGACUCUUCUGUCCAUUCAUAUUUGUGCACUUGCUUUGCCCGAUAGGCUCUGGUUUCACUUUUCUUAAGUAAUGUAAGUCAAAUCAAUGCUAUGGUCGUCACUGCACAUAACAUUGUAAUGUAUUUUAUUGUCUUUACCUGCUUGUUUCUCUAAGGGCUCAAGAUUUCUUACAUACAGAACAUUGUAAUAUCAUAUUCAUAGGAAAAGAAAAAUAUUACAGCUUCAAUUUUUUUAAUCUCUUUUUGUUUGUGCCUGCUUAUGUAGUUUUUUGGAGGCCUUAAGUUAUAUGCUGAUGAAACCUUUCCCAGGAAAACACCAAAACAUUGAAAGGUUGUCUAGAUCCAGGUAAACCCUAAGUUCAGGGCAUGAAGCAGAAUGGUCUCUGUCAGGUUAAGACAGUGGCAGGUGCAUGGGGUUCUGGUGAAAUUUUGGAAAAUCUAGUGAGUUAGAAUUUAUUUAAUUUUGGGAUUUGGGGUUUGAUUCAGAACUGAGAAGUAGACUUUACAUCUGAUCCUACAUAGCUCAGAAGUGAAAGGAAUAUUUGCAUGGACCAUUACCAUGCGUUACCAUGGACCAUUCAAAAUUCCGGAGAGACUAUAAUACCUGUGAUAUGUAGGAUUACCGAGAAGAAUUAAUGAUCUAAUACCUGCCUGUUUGUUUAGAUUAGAUCAUUAUUAGUAUUACAGAGAUGCGAGUUGUAAUUUUUCCCUUGUUUGUCAUAUCUUCCAUUCAGACCCUAAUUGAGGGAUUGUAGUAGUACAGAGGAGUCUGUUUUAAUGGAUAUUCUUUAUGCAUUUUUGAAGUUUUAAACCUGCAGGUGAAAGAAUUGCUGCACAUGCACAAAGGUCUGUUUAAACUCUUCAUUAAGAGAAGUCCCUGAAAUGAACAGCGACCACUUACCUUAAUUAGAAUUCCUUUGUCUGAUUUCAGGAAAAUUCUGAGAAACUCACCAGUGUGCAGUAGCUUUAGGUCUCAGCAUCUCUAAAACCUAAGUUAUUAUUGCUUAUAUCAGUUCCCAACAACCCUAUUGCAUAGUAAAAAUUGUAGGUAUUUCUACAGUUAACAAUCAUGACCCAGUUCUUCUCAGCUUUCACUAAUUUUUGUUGGACUGGGAUAGGGCUCCUUCAGAGCCAGCAAGUUGUUUCAGUCUUUUCUGGGUAUAUUAAUAAAACAUCUCCAAGCUGACACCUAGCUUGGUAAAUCAACCUUGGAUAAAGUUUUAUGGAGUGAUUGAAAACCCAUAUGACAAGCAGCUGUUCCUGCAUUUUAUCAGCACUAUAGCUGAAUGGUGUAUAGCCUGUGGUGCUUUACCAGUUUUAUAAAAUGUGGAGUUCUCAUCAACAGGAUGGUUCAGAAUAAAAAAAAAAAACCCAAACAGUUUUAAAGUAGGAAGAGCAGUGUAAUUAGGCAUACUUUCAAACCUCUAGAUCAGAGCACUUAACCCUCAGGUAACCAGCUGAAAGCUUGUUCUUAGCAAGACAGUGAAAUCUAAUGCCAAAAGGAAUAAGGCAUUUUAUUUCACUGUAUUGUACUUCAACCCUAGAAGAGAAAACAUGUUUGUUUUCCUUUUUGUAGUACUAAGGAAACUGUUACAUACUACCUUCUUCCAGGUAGGAGACUUUAGGGUUGUAGCAUCAUCCCACCCAGCAGUACAAGAUGCCUCACUGUAAUCCUAAAACUUGGAGCAGGUGGCAGAGAAUGAAGGAGAGACACAGGUGUAUCAGGAAUAUGCCUGGUCAUACACCUGUUGUUUACUAUUAACCUUGUAUUAUUUAAACAACAAAAUUACAGCUAUAAUUAGCUUCUCUGAGGAGAAAACCACACUUCGCUGAGUGCACUGAUGAGGGCCUUUUCUAUGGUUUUUUUGUGUAAAAGCUUCUCUCCAAAGGAGUGAAAUGGCAGUAGAAUUAAUGUAAGCUUUACUUGCGGGUAGCUCUUCCUGCAGUAGUAGGGAGGAGAGAGGGCAAUGAUCCAGCACUUGGUUUCUGAAGUGUAAGCUUGCACAUAGGUGUUUGCAUUUUCUCAGAGAAAAAAGAAAGAAAAGAUCAUGAUUAUAAGCUGUUACUUACAUUCCAAAAUAUUGCUUCUUCAGUGUUACUAUCUUUUGUUAACUUGUAGAGCUUAGACUGAAGCUCAGCAUUCUGUGUGUCUCCAGAACUGCAGCUCUGUGGACUAAGCCUGUAGUAGACGAGGUGAAAUAUAUUAGCCUAAACCUUGUUAACACACGUGCAUGAGCAACACAUUUUCGUUGAAUUCACAAGAUCACAUAAAGUUGUUUGUUAGAAGGAUUUCGGAAGUGGUUUUGUUCAACCUCCCAAGCACUCAGGCACUGCCGCCAGCCCUAGAUCAGGUUAGUUGUGGGUUUGGCUAGCCAAGCUGUGAAAAUCCCCAAAGAUAGAGAUACCACCACCAUUCUUGGCAGUCUGUUCCCAUGCUUGCACUCCACUUUUGGAUAAAAAUUUCUCCCCAUGUCCAGUCUUGGUUUCCCAAGUGACUACAGAUUUGUAGCCGUUUCCCCUCGUAUUUUCUGCUACCAAGAAGAGUUUGGCUGUGGUCUUGGUGACUCCCCUUUCAGUAUUUGAGGGAGGUUAGAUCCUUCUUGGCCUUGUCUUCACCAGUAUAAUGAUGCUGUUGUGAGGUACCUCUUGCAGAUGUUGCUAGUUUCCACAUCCCAGAGUUGGCAACGUGUGUGCAUGUGCAGUAAUUCCUUUUCACGCCUAAGGUUCUUACCGUAUAGAGAGUGCCAUGUGAAUGUCCAUGCCUGUAGAGAGCCUUGUUGAAGGAUGUGAGUUCAGGGACCUGCCAUCGCACCUGUUUUUUCUCUCUCUGCAGGAUUUGGCCAUUGCUAUUUUGGGUACUUUUUUUUUUUUUUUUUUUUUUAAAUUUAUUUUAAUGACCAAAAUCUCUCAUGUUAUUCGGCCAAAUAAUAUAAACUGAGUCCCCUUUUUUAAGCUCUCUAAUUUUUAUGCAGUAUGUAAAGCAAUUUUAUUCUGAAACAGUGUUGUUUUUUUAAAUAAGAUUUAAGGCUGGAAACUGCUGACAAAGUUUUGCCUUUGUGUAGUUUUAUGGUCAAUAUCUUAAUUGGUACGAAAGCACUAUCAAAUGGGGAUAUAGUAUAGCUGAGUUGGAACUGGUUUUAGAAAUCCUAUGAUGAUCAGUUCCAUUAAGUCUGAGUAUACACAUAAUACCGUGUAGAAUUCAUAUUACAGCAAAGGAACUUGGGAAAAAAAAAAGAAAGAAAUUAAAUCAUAUAUUUAUAUAUACUAUACGGAAUAGUAUACAUACAUACUAUAUGGAAUAGUGAAUGAAGUUUUGUGUUGUUUUGUUUUGAAAGGUUACUUUGUCUUCUACCUAAAAUGUAAAAGGGCAAACAUCAGCUAUAUGCUCUGACAUGAUUGCACUAUUGUACUUUGAAUGUUUUUAUGGUUUUGUUUAGUACAUAAGAACUAUUCAUUUAAUUGCACAGAGGUUUUUUUGUUUUUUGUUUUUUGGGUUUUUUUUUUUUAGUGUAUGCAUUCCCUUAAUAUAUGUAUUUAUUUGAAAAGGAGAGGCCUUGUUUUUCAACAUGAUCUGUAAAUAAAUUAUUUUUAUUCAGUUGACAUGGAAAUGUUAUUUUACCCUUUAUUAGUUUUGAUCCUUUUCAAUUGUGGCAUAGUACGCAAUUCUAAGGCAAUAAUUUCUGUGAGGUGCUCUGAAAGUGUUUUGAUCCCCUAAGUUCUAGUAACCACUUUGUGCCUGUUUAACACACAAUAGUGGCUUAAUAAGACAAGUUGCUGCUUCUUUUUAUUGUUCUUAGAAGUAUAGUUAUGGCCUAACAUGGUUGAAGUAUUUUUCUGUGUAACUUUUUUGUAUUGACUAAAAAAUUUUCUAUUAUAUUAGAAAAUAUAAAUUACAGUUUUAAAUCUGUGUGGCCUGUUAAAAUGGUUUCCAAGGAAAAUAUCUAUGGACCACUCCUGCAGGAGGAUCAUGUAGAUGUGCAUCCAUGCAGAUCCCUAAUUAAGCUAAUAGGUUCUAUGCUAGUGCAGGCAGUCUGUUCAUAUUAGGUCCUUUUAAAGAGACUUUUUUUGUCUAAUCAACUGCUGAACAACAAUAGUAGCUAACUUUUUAGGGAAGAAAUUUCAGUGAAAGAUCCCUAAUUCAUAAACCAAAGGAGGAUAUAUAUUCAUAUAGUCAAGGUACUUUAUUACAUUCCAAAGAAACCUACUUCCAAGAUGUUUCUCACUGUAUUAGGUAGUUAAAGAAAUGGACCAAUUAUCUUAUGUGCAGUUCAAAUGCCCUUUACCACUAUCCCUGCCAAAUUUGAUAUAGCAUGAAAUGCUAUCCCUGUGACCCUGUCUGGGCUACUUAUGGUUUGGAAAUUCUUUUUACAGCUCCCAUUAUUUUAGUGUUUCUCAUCUACUGUAUUACUAUCAGGCCUAAUCAUUUCUUACUGGUAUCCUUAGGACUAGUAAGAUCAAUAUUCAUCAUCAUUAAAUUUUUUCAUCUAUCUUGUUUUAUGAGAAAACUGUUCCUAUGGUAGAAGAAAAUUUGACUUGGAUAUCUGGAAUGUAGAUUCAGAUGUGUUACUCGGUUUAUAAAAAGAAGGCCUUUCUGCUCUUUAAGAACGGCUAUAUAUAGCUGGGGAUAUAUGGAAUGAAGAUUCAGAUGUGAGAUGUGUUACUUAGUUUGUAAAAAGAAAGCCUUUCUGCUCUUUAAGAAUGGCUAUAGAUAGCUGGGUUUAUACGAAAUUAGUGAUUAGGUGGCUGAGUAACAAUCAAACCCAAGCUGUGAAAGUUUCCCACUGAAUGUAAAGUAUUUAAAAUAAAAGUGUAUUUUCAUAGUAGUAUAAGGAAGAAAUUCAGUGCCAAUUGCAUAUGCCAACUUUUAAUAAAAGUGUAUAUUGUAUAAAUCUCUAAAUUGUGAAAACUUUUUAAACUUUAUACUGUUUACAAAUAAAACUGGUGUUCAUGCAGUUUAUUCUUCCUCAAAACUACAGAUCACUGCAUUCACUGUAAUUUUGUACAUAUAUAUGUUUAAAAAGUACACAAUUUCUGUAUUAGAAC